AUGCUACACCCAGAAGCUCCUCAAGGGCAAAUAGAUGCCAAUCCCGCUGUUGUAGCAUUACUCUCCGCAAAGCGAUGGUUCGGUUUCGACCUGGACGACACGCUCCAUGAAUUCAGCAGGGCGUCGGCUCAAGCGUCCCAAUCGGUAUUCGGAAUAAUCGUUGAAUUCAUUGCAAGCCAUCCCGAUACCGAGACAAGUACCAAGGCGACGAUAGACGACCUCGAAGCAACAUAUCGCGAUAUUCGUCGCUCAAAGACCGCAAAUGCGUUCACCGAUGGAAGAACGUCCGACGACUACCGCAAGGAACGCUUUUCUCAUCUUCUAGAAGCCCACGGGCUUAAGCCUUCUUCGGAGCUACUGGAGCAGCUACUGCUGGCGUACCGGAGUAGUCUCCGUGCAGCCUUGACACUGAAACCUGGUGCUCGUCAGCUCCUGGAGGGUCUGAAGGCUCUUGGGAAGAAGGUCAUUGUGGUGACCGAAGGACCAAAGGAUGCGCAAGAGUGGACGAUCGCCGAACUCGGGUUGGAACCGUUCAUUGAUAUUCUUGUCACCACUAAUGAGGUUGGGUUGUCCAAGGUGGAUGGUUUGUUCUCUGCUGUAUUGCACAAGUACAAUAUCUUCCCAGGGGACAUGGUCUAUGUGGGUGACAAUGAACGGCGGGAUAUUGUUCCAGCAAGAGCGGCCAGGAUAGACACAGUGCUGUAUAAUCAGAAGGAUGGAUGCCAGUUCCAUGAUCCUCACCACCUUCAAGUUAACUCUCUUUUGAAGCUGGAGCACCUGAUAAGUUGUUGA